AUGUCUGCAGACAGCAACGCAGCCGCAGAGUAUCUUCAGGAGUUCAAAGAAAUUACAUCCUCCUACUCACCCCAGCAAGUGUACAACGCUGAUGAAACGGGGCUAAAUUUCAAAGCGUUGCCAACAAAGAGCCUAGCUUCAAGAGAAGAAAAGUCCGCUCCAGGAUUUAAAAUGGAUAAGCAACGACUAACCGUAUUAGCAUGCAGCAACGCUUCCGCCACCAAUAAGAUACCUUUGAUGGUUAUCGGUAAAUCCAAAAAACCUCGAUGUUUUAAAAACAUGAAUAUGAACGCUCUGCCGGUUUACUUUAAAAACCAAAAGAAAGCUUGGAUGGAUCGUGCUUUGUUUCAAGAAUGGUUUGAGAAACAAUUUGUGCCCAACGUGAGAGCCUACAAUGAAGAAAAUGGACUGCCUGAUAGAGCGUUGUUACUCAUAGAUAACGCUCCGUCCCAUCCGGAUGACUUAGAGCUGGUUAUUGGUGAUAUAAAAGCCAUUUUUCUACCACCGAACGUUACUUCGAUCAUACAACCAAUGGACCAAGGAGUUCUACAAGCGUUGAAGCAAAAUUAUCGGAAAAAAGCUGCUCCGAAGCCUGCUUGA